AUGGAAAGACGGUUUUCUCUCACCACUAAUCACACACCAUAUAAAAGGGGUUUUGACGGUUCAAUUUCUCUAACUGCAAACACAAUUUUCAAAGCCUCAAAGCAAAAGCCCCUAAAAGCUCUUUAUUGUUCAUCGUCUUCCUCAAACACUUCAAUGGAAGGAUCAUCUGAGCACAUCUCAUUCGCUGACCAAUCUGCCUCUAUCAUCAUGCUCGCUGUAAAGCAUGGCCAAAACAUGAUCUUAGAUCUCGAUCCCUUGCGCUAUAAUGAAUUUCUCCGACCGAUUAUUGAAUAUCUCAAGUUCUCGCCACUGUCCCAAGCAUUAACCAUGGUAGAAUCUGUUCAUCUCUCCAAGACUUACUUAUCAGCAAUCUACAACAAGGCAGAUGAUAUCAUCCACUUCGAGGUUGCAUCUCACAAGACCUAG